CACAUAUGCAUGUUUAACAUCAAAACACGACACACCCAGUGAAGAUAUCGAAAGAAACACGAAUAUGUUUAUUCAAUAAAAUAAGGUGAAUGUCGUUAUGAAACCACCGAACACGAGUAGUUAAGAUCGAUGAGGCGUACGAUAGAUAUAUAUUCAAACAGUCACAAGUCCGACUGACUCGGAGUUUGUCAAGAACAGAGUACUCACUCGAAGUUUUACCAGACAGAGAUUGAUAUGUCAACUGGAUACUGAAGAGGACAGAUGUGUCAAGAGCGACACAGUCCCGAGGAGGAGACGCUCUGUAUCCUCUGUCUGAACCAAGAAUGACUACCUCAUGGAAUAACACUCUGUGUUACCUGGGCUUCUUCACCAGCCUGACACUGGGUGGGUCUGUCCAGGUGAAGGAGGUCUGUAGCAGCGUGCCCCAUGGGUCUGUGAGGCUGGAUUGUGCACAUCCUGGCAGGAUCCACCUGGUCCGCGUCCUGUACAGGAAGGCUUCACGAGGAUGUCUCACACAGGAUGACACGUGUGAAUAUCUGCAGGAGACUGAGAAGCACGGUCUGACAACCAGCUGUGCGGGGGUGUCGGUCUGUCUCCAAGCUAUAUCGAGCUUCUGGUUGACUCACAAGUGUGGAAAUACGACGUCAUAUACCGCGGCAGCAUACUACCACUGCAUCGACGAUUCCAUCGCCGACAUCUGCAGCAGUUCAACAGCCUCAUCCAAUGAAGACAUGACGCUGUACCUUGCAUCCUCCAAUUACCCAUACGAAUCAAGGAACACAUACAACACGUGUCAGUGUGACGUCACAGGGACGUCAAUGAACGUGACUAUACUCGAACUAUUCUUCAGGCAUCGUGACGGCAUAAGGGCCAAUAUAACACUGAGGGGCGACAACUCUAUAUGGCAGUCUUUCUCUCACAGUUACUUUGUGUACAAUACACCGGUGAUGGAGAAUGUGUCACGUCUGGCGCUGACGUUUCAAACAUACGGACAGCAAGGUCAGCAUGUCUGGCUGAAGGUCAGAGGUGUAUCCAGCCUCACAGCCACGUGCAGCGGCGGUACAGGGCCGACAUCACAGAGGCCCACGAGGUCAGACCCGUCCACUCCACCCAUACACAAACAAGACAACACCAUACUGAUAUUGACUGUGGUAUCUGCUGUUGGUGCCGUGGUGCUGAUCCUGGUUGUAGUCGCUGUAGUUGUCUGGUGUAUUGCAAGACGAAGAAGAAAAGCUUACGAAAUUGAAGCCGACGAUACGUAUACUUACUAUGACAACGAGAUAGACCACGUGAUGGAUCCGUCCAUUGAGCCAGGUGAGUGCGAUGUUGGACGCACAGGCAGCGACAUUUGCAGCAACAAUGUUCGCUACUCUGGAAACAGGACUGGCAGAAACACUAAUGUCAACAACAACAUUUCCACCACCAACAUCUACGACCACUUGGACGGAGGACACAUGUACAUACGUGGUAACACGGCAUGUUGACGUACGACCGCCUGGAAGGGGAUGCCUAACGCGGAAUAUUGAGAAGCAGAACAUCUAUCUUUUGUGUACCCAGCGGCAGAGGGAUGUGUUGAAAGACAUGGUUGUGACAUUCGAGACAUCGUUGAAGUGAUUCAGUGUACAAUUCAGUGAUUCAGUGUACAAUUCAGUGAUUCAGUUUAGUGAUAUUCAAACGUAUAUUUCAUGAGGAGAUCUGAAGUGUUAAAUUGAUAUUGAUUUGAAUGCAUGAUACAUUUAACAGGGAAGAAUGGUAACAUGUGCCUAAUUAAGUAACUGAAACCUACCCUUUCUUAUCUCCUACAUAAGGUAACCAUGAAUGGAUUCACUCUCAGUCCAGUAGGUUGUUGUGAGCCAGUGCCAGUUGUUACGGUUUAGAAAUUACUGAGACAAAGGCUAGCGCUUAUGAGUCCCCUUUAAACCGGCAAAAUAGAACACAAACAAGUCUAUAAUGUUCAUAUAUAUAUUGAAUAAAAUAACAAGGUUACAAUAAAUGACAGUACAGAUUCCUAAUAUAAUGCAAUUAGGUCACGAUUGUAAAAUAUAACUCACUAAAGUCCUUAUAUUUCAAAUCAACAGAUGUACUGAUUGAA